CGCCUCACACCACCUCACCUGACACUAGCACGGCAAGAUGGCCGACAAAGGAGAGGGCGUGUACGUUCCUCCUGAUCAUAUCAGGGAAAACUCCCACGUCUCCUCCAUAGAGCAGUACCACAAGAUGUACAAGGAAUCCGUGGAAAACCCCGAGGCGUUCUGGGGCAAAAUCGCGCAUGAUUUCUACUGGAAAACGCAGUGUACCGGCAAGUUCUGGGAGUAUAACUACGAUGUCCGACAGGGUGACAUUUUCAUCAAAUGGAUGGAGGGAGCGACAACUAACGUUUGUUACAACUGCCUGGACCACAACAUUGACAAGGGUCUGGGGGACAGCGUAGCGUUCUACUGGGAAGGCAACUAUCCAGGAGAUGCCAGUCAGAUCACUUACAACCAGUUGCUGAAAGAAGUUUGCAAGUGUGCCAAUGUCCUCAUCAACAAAGGAGUGAAGAAGGGGGACCGCGUGGCCAUCUACAUGCCGAUGAUUGUGGAGCUUGUCGUGGCCAUGUUAGCCUGCGCCAGGAUUGGAGCUGUGCACUCUAUUGUGUUUGGAGGAUUCUCUGCAGACUCACUAGCGGGAAGGAUCUUGGACUCAAAAAGCUCUGUUCUCAUCACUGCAGAUGGUGUUUACCGCGGUGAGAAGUUGUUGAACCUGAAGGAGAUCUCGGACACGGCGAUCCAGGAGUGUCUGGAGGCCGGCUUCACCGUCAGCUCCUGUAUCGUGGUCAGGCACCUGGGGGAGAGCAGGGAGCCUGGAGCAGGGGGGGACACCGAGCACCACCCACCGAAAAGACCCUGCAUCAAGCUUCAGACCAACUGGCACAACGACCGUGACUGUUGGUGGCAUGACCUGAUGGCGGAUGCCAGCGACCAGUUUGAACCAGUCUGGCUGGAUGCUGAGGAUCCGCUCUUCAUGCUCUAUACCAGUGGGUCGACAGGCAAGCCCAAAGGUGUGCUCCACACCCAGGCAGGGUACAUGCUGUAUGCAGCAACCACCACCAAGUACGUGUUUGACUACAAGCCUGGGGAGGUGUACUGGUGCACCGCUGACAUUGGCUGGAUAACAGGUCACUCCUACAUCACCUACGGACCAAUGCUGAAUGGAGCUACAAGUGUGAUAUUUGAGGGAAUGCCCAUAUGGCCUGAUGCAGGAAGGAUGUGGGAGAUCGUGGACAAGUACAAGGUCUCCAAAUUCUACACCGCUCCUACCGCCAUCCGAACACUCAUGAAGUUUGGGGAGGACUAUGUCAAGAAGCACUCCAGAAAAAGCCUGAAGGUGCUGGGCACAGUUGGGGAACCCAUCAACCCUGAGGCCUGGCUCUGGUACUACAACGUCAUCGGGGACAAGAGAUGUUGUAUUGUGGAUACAUACUGGCAGACAGAGACUGGUGGACAUGUCCUAACACCUUUGCCCGGUGCCACUCCUGCCAAACCUGGCUCUGCAACUCUGCCCUUCUUUGGUCAAGUCCCAGCUGUUGUGAAUGAGAAUGGUGAGGAACUGGAUGGUCCAUGUGAAGGGUAUCUGGUACUGAAGCAGCCGUGGCCAGGACAGAUGAGGACAGUGUACGGCGACCACCAGCGGUUUGAGAGGACCUACUUCCAGAAGUUCCCUGGCUACUACUGCACGGGGGAUGGGUGCACCAGGGACAAGGACGGCUACUAUUGGAUCACGGGGAGGACAGACGACAUGAUGAACGUGUCGGGCCAUCUCCUCAGUACCGCUGAGAUCGAGUCUGCCCUGAUCGAACACUCGGCAGUGGCAGAGGCGGCCGUGGUCGCUUAUCCUCAUUCCAUCAAGGGAGAGUGUGUGUACUGCUUUGUCACUCUCAAAGAGGGAAAGAUGUUCAAUGAUGCACUUGUUGGUGAACUAAAGGUCAAAGUACGCCAGAAGAUCGGUCCCAUAGCUGUCCCAGAAUACAUCCAGAACGCCCCGGGUCUUCCCAAAACGCGCUCAGGGAAGAUCAUGCGGCGUGUCCUGAGGAAGAUCGCCAAGAACCAGCAGGACCUGGGGGACGUGAGCACCAUGGCAGACUCCUCCGUGGUGGAGGUGCUGUUUCAGAACAGGCCCAAAAACGUGCAGGGCUGGGUGGAGUAGUCUCCGCAUGAGAUUAUAUUAUAGCAACUGUCUCCGCAGCUAAAGAUGCCAAGAUCACGUCACGGGGUACAACAGACAUCAUCUAAGUCAUUACAAAGUAUUAUGAUAUCAUCAAAUGUGGCAUUUGGCAAUUGUUUUCCAUGAAGAAUGUUGCUAGUGUAAAUCACUUGAUAUUCAUGAUAGCAAAAUUGUGCGGUGGCAGCAAGCGCAGAAGAAAGAAAGUUGGCAUAUUAUUUGUUCGCAGUGAUGAUAAAGUUGCAUGAUAAAGUGACAGUGAAAACUGCAAAUACAAAAGUACCACGAUAAAAUUGUAAUUUACAGCAUUCUACCACAGUGACUGUGCUUUCUCUAUUGACUUGCAGACAAGUCAAUGAUUUUUGGCUUCAGAUGAUCUCAAGAUACUCUAAUACCUUUAGGAUAACAUUAGCAUGUGUAGCAUAAUUUAGGUUACUCAUCGACCUCACUGAAAGAGAAGAAGAGUCCACUGUGGACAACUGACCACUGCUUACUGGUUGUCCUUGCCAUUUUGAUGAUGUAGGUUGUACCCCGUGCAUGUUGACUUAAAUUUCAACUUCAUGAGAUGCAUUCCAAUGUAGAUAACAAUUCAUAUCCAAGUUUGUGUUUGUGACACAUGUCUGUGUCCCGAAUGAAGAAGUCUUUCACUGUGAUCAUUGCCUGGUUAAACACCUCAUUAAGUACAGGAUGUCAUAAAAUGUACAUUAACUAAAGUCUGAAGGGCCAUCCCCGUUUAUGUCUGCUAAUAAGAUCGUUGAAAAAUAACAGUUACUGGUACUUGGUUCAAAAUCUUUAAACACCAACACACCCUAAGAAAGGUAUAACAGAAGUUUUUUUUUUUCAUCAGGCAUUAGAAAAAUUGCAAUGGUUGUUGUUUUUUGGCCAGUCUAUACAUCUGUGGAAACGUAAAAGUGCAGUGCAUUUAACUUUUGAACUCUAAGUGUUCCAUAUUCGCUAAUCAAAAAAAAUUCAAGAGCUGUGCCACUGCUAAUAACUUCACUACCAAAUUGUUUGCAAGGUCAAAAUUGUAACGUGGGAAAGGGAGCAAUUAAGGUAAUGAGACUAUUUUGAUUCCUUGGGACCAGUCAGGAUGAAAUGUUUUACCUCAUUUACAUGUUAUGUAGUUGUCAACCUUUGUGAAAGUGUGUGGAAAUAUUCCUUUUUGUUCAAAUUUCGGCCUGUAGGCCCUAUAGUGCAUGUCAACUGGAAAUUAUUGCUAAUAUCUUUUGGGGUGUAGUAUCAGGCAUUAUGCAUUUUAUGGACAUGACAUUAAUUUAUAUAUGAGGGAAGUACAUGUAUUGAUGAAUAAGUUGUUUAAAGAUUAUGAUAAUUAGGUAGAAUAGCUAGAGAAAUCUUUCGUUUUAUGUAGUGUAGGUGCCUUACUUAGUCCUUAGGUGUUUUUUGCAGAGCAGCCGUAACUGGAACUCCACAGUUCUUAACUUUUUUUUUUUUACUUUUCUCCGCUUAGUCAAGAAUGUUUGUGUUUAUGUUUGAGUGCAUAGAUUUUACAUGUUGAGCAAUCCAGGGGUUGUGGCUAAUAUGAUUACUACUUAAAAUAAACCAGUUCCAAGUGCACAUGUGCGGGGGCCACAGUUUAACAUCCCUGGACAUCCUUUGUGUACAUGCCAGGCGCCUUAAACUUUGACCUUUGACAACACACCACACUGCAGAUGCACACUUGGAACUGUGAGCUAACUUAUAGGCUGAACUAGUCCAGAAAAACAAACCCAGUCAAACAACAUGGGCAUACAUGUGUAGGUGGGUAUAUGUGAUCAUUGAAUAAAAGAGCCGAGUCAUACCAUGUAGCACUAUGUAACUGCUUUGUGAGACCCAACAACCCAGUCAUACCAUGUUGCAAGGUAUAACUGCUAUGUGAGACCCAAUUGAGUCUUCCUUGAACUAAAGGCACCCUUUCUCUUGAUAGGGGACCAUUCGGCAACUAAAAUUGGAUUUGUAUGACCUAUGACUUUAACUGAAUAUAGUCCAUGGUGCUUUGACUAUAAUGAAAUUUUUGGUAGUUCAACGGUAGCCACACAAGGGAAAAGGGGGUAUUCCCAGUUUUAAACAGUAAAAAAGGCUUACUACUACAUUGUACAGUAACUGUAGUAAAGACUUUUAGCAGAGAUGGUAAGGCCUAAAGGUAAUGGUCAGGGUAAGUGCAAACUGGACAAGGGAAGCCAUUAUGAAUGACGUCUCCUUUUUUAAAGUUGAAAUACGAAUGUAACAGCAAAACAUUGUUUUGUAGUCUGGUGUAUUGAGAAAGGGAUAAAUGCUGGUUGUGACAUAAUGUUUGUAACACAGUAGCCUAAGUAGCAAUUCUUUUCUAAAGAUCUGUUCAGAAUCAAGUUCAGGCUAGGACUAGUUCAUGAAGUUGGAAGGAGUCUAGAUAAGCCACACUGUGAACCAACCUGGCAGCUGUAUAUUUUUGCGCUUCCACUAUAAACCUUUGGUGACUGACAUUUGAAAGCCGGUUGUAUGAAGAUGAAAUAAAGUGGAAUCUAUGUGGAGGGAA